GAAAAACAAAGACAUUAAUUAAUAUAAAGUGUUUCGUCCAUUUGUUUUUUUUUCCUGCCUCAGAAGUCAGACCCCACAACUCCUCGCUGCAGUUCUCCCUAUUCUUCUUCCUCCACUCCAGCAGUCGCCGGCAGAGAUUCUCUCCGACAUGAAGCUUUCCGAUCUCGCCGGAAAUGGGGAAGGAAUCGUCAAGCAGGCUCGGAUAAUUGCUGUGUCCUUGGUCGGCAUCGUGGCUGCCGCCGGAACGCGUUAUCACUGGAGCCGGAAUUUGAGGUCGUCGGCAGCCGUUGUCGAGGAUCAGAAAAUCGUGCCGGUGAUCGGACGGACGGAAUCCGGCAGGGUCGGAAGUAUUGAGGCGUUCCCUGACUAUGUUGCGAGGCAAUUGGGAUUUAAAGAUGGAGGGGAAUGCCCAAAGUUGAAGAAACUGAUAAAUGAUUAUUUGAAGAAGAAGAAAGGUUGUGAAGAAUCAAUCUAUGAAUAUUUUGUUGAUGAAAAGGAUGCAGAUUCAGUAUAUGUGAAGCUUAUUCAAGAGUUAGAGACUUGUAUUUUGACCUACUUUGCUUUUCACUGGGAUAAGGCACCUCAAAUGGUUUCUCAGGCGUUGACUGAUGAAUCGGAGCAUAAAACUAAGCUCAAAGGCUUUGUGAUGGCCGUCACAAGGAAACAGAGGUUCGAGAGGGUGACGAAAGAGCUGAAAGUGACGAGGGUUAUAUCGACUCUAGUGGAAGAAAUAAAAGCAAUCAACGGCGGCGGUGGAGCGGAGGCUGAUUCUAAAUGCACCGACGUUAUGGCGCCCGUGGCCCUCAGCCAGAGGAGCCCCGUUCUCCUUCUCAUGGGCGGCGGAAUGGGAGCCGGCAAAAGCACCGUCCUCAAAGACAUCCUCAAUGAACCAUUCUGGUCGGAUGCUCAAGCAAAAGCCGUCGUGGUAGAGGCGGACGCUUUCAAAGAAAGCGACGUCGUUUAUAGAGCAAUUAACUCCAUGGGCUGCCCCGAUGACAUGCUUCAAACCUCAGAACUGGUACACCAAUCAUCGACAGAUGCUGCAUCGUCGUUGUUGGUGACAGCACUAAACGAAGGUAGAGAUGUGAUCAUGGAUGGGACUCUUGCAUGGGAGCCAUAUGUGGACCAGACGAUUGAGAUGGCUAGAAAUGUUCAUAAACAUCGAUAUAGGAUGGGGGUUGGCUACAAAGUCGCGGAAGAUGGGACCGUCAUUGAAAAUUACUGGGAACAACUGAGUCCAGAAGAAGAACAGUAUGAUUUCGAUGGGAUCGUACAAAAAGAUCGAAAGCCGUAUAGAAUUGAAUUGGUUGGUGUUGUUUGUGACGCACAUUUGGCUGUCAUUAGAGGCAUAAGGAGAGCUGUAAUGGUUGGAAGGGCUGUGAGGGUGAACUCACAAUUGAAGUCCCAUAAAAGAUUUGCUAAGGCUUUUCCCAGAUACUGUCAACUUGUUGAUAAUGCCAGGCUCUAUUCCACCAAUGUAUUGGGCAGACCAUCAAAGUUAAUUGGGUGGAAAGAUGGAGAUAACAAGUUACUAGUAGAUCCAGAAGAAAUCAAAUGUGUUUCAUUUAUAAGUAAGUUGAAGGAGGAUGCAAAUUCAGUAUAUGAACUUUACCAAGAUGCAAGCAUUUUAAAUGAGAAUGGUUCUCUAUGGAAAGAAACUGUGUUGUCAUCUUCUAGGGCCUCUAUUCAGAUGGAGUUGAAGGCUUCCAUACAAAGCAUUGAAUCAAAAUAGCAAUAGAAUGCCUUUUUUUUUCUUCUAAUUUUUUAUUGAGAGGUUGGAGAGAUGACUUUUCAAUGGUUGGUGCAUGUAUUUAACUAUUAUUAUCGUUCUUAUUUGUUUAAAGGACUCGUGUUGAUGUAUGGAGAUAAUUUGAACUCUAGUUAAUAGUUUGAGUGCAAGGGAUGGAGGAAAUGAUAUGGCCGUCAAGUGCCGAUUUUUCAAUUUCAAAUCUUCAGUCUGGAACGAGUAUUGUCA